GUCUCGGGCACUCGGCUACGAUCGUACGAGUCGAUGUAAGGUCGGCGGAGUGUCGUGCCGCGAAGGGAGUGUCGCGCGGGCAUCUCGACGCCCUCCCGAGGUAGGCUCGAAUCCGCAAAAAAUUCACGAACGGGCUCGCGACCAGACCAGGAUGCCGUUCCUCGUGGCGGUGACGAGUGUCGUCGAGGGUCAGUCGUAUCCGCGACACGUAGACUCGGUUCCCUGAUCGCGGAGUGCCUUCGCGAACGAGAGACUCGAGCAGCUUCUGGAGCACGGUGAUACGCGUACCGACGACCGUUGACUUGGAUGAACGCAAGAAAACGCGAAGUGUGGUCAGGAGGAUUCCUCGAACCGCGGUCUUUAAAAGUAGUCAGGGGAAUAGCGCGAAACGAGCUGUCGCGAAGAUGAAGAGACGCGGCAGGUGCCGGUAGUUGGCGGUUGGCAAGGAUGUCCUCGUGACAUGUUACCCCGUGACCUUUGCUGGCGCGACUACAACGUCCUCCGCGGAGAGGGUCGUCCCUUGGUGCACGGGACGAGCGAGGAUAACUGCCGAUCGGUGUCCUUUCAUCCACGUGGAGUCGAGUACCGCCUGCUACCCGUGGUGCAGGUCAAGCCUGAUUUCGCCAUCCCGUAUGUUCUCUGCUGGAGGGUGCCCGGCACGAUACACAGGAUCCAGAUCCCGAUCCAACAUCAUCAGCAUCAACGACAACACCAUUAUCAACGACGACGUCGACACUUCCAGGCAGGGGGAACGCCUCGCAGACAUCCUGUCCCGUUCCCGGCUUCGGCGAGGUAUCCUUCACCGUACAGCUGUAACUUGCAGCGCGACAACCUUGCCGCGGUGCCUGGUAUGGAAACAAGACUGGACCGUUUCGUAGCGAGCAAAAAUGAAGACACGAGGUACAAAGCGAAUCAUUGCGUGAGCGGGGGCGGUAGCCGCGGAAACGGCGCGACUGGCGGUACCGGAGGCGGUCUAGGCAGCGGAGGCGGCGGCCGCGGGGGCGGCGGGGGUGGCAGCCCCGGCAGGGGCGGCGGCGGAGGAGGAGGAGGAGGCGGAGGAGGAAUAAACGGUGGCGCGGUGACUGCUGCACCACCGACCACCGGCCGUCACCACCACCACCACCACCAUCAUCAUCACCAUCAUCAUCACCUCAUCACAACGAUUACGACAACCAUCACGACAACCAUCACGACUACUACCACUACCGCCAGCGGCACCACCAGGCACCACAGGCACAAGCUGCCCACCGUCAAGCAGUGUACCGAGCACCGUCACCACCCGCAUCAUCACCGGCAUCACCCACACCAUCGCUCCUACCAUCGGGGCAUGAACAUGGGCCAAAAAGUUUCAGGCGGCGUGAAGAGCGUGACGCGCGAGAGCGGAGCUGGAACGGGUGGUGGAGUCGGCCUCGGCAGUGGCGGCACCGUGGCGUACAAACCCGUGGUACCCAGGGAGUUGGCGCAAGACUUCUCGAAACCGACACGCCUCGAUGUCCUACUCGACAUCAUGCCGCCCGUCUCGCGGGAGACGCAAAUCCAUCACAGCUGGAACGCUGACGACCGUAGUCUCAACAUAUUUGUCAAGGACGAUGACAAGUUGACGUUUCACCGACAUCCCGUGGCGCAGAGUACAGACUGCAUCAGAGGGAAGGUAGGAUACACGAAGGGCAUGCACGUCUGGGAACUGUACUGGAGCACGAGGCAACGAGGCACGCACGCAGUAGUAGGCGUCGCGACGGCGGACGCACCUCUCCACAGUGUCGGAUACCAGAGCCUAGUUGGCAACAACGAGCUCAGCUGGGGCUGGGACCUCGGCAGGAACAAGCUUCUUCACGAUUCGAAAAACACCAGCGGUGUCACGUAUCCUGCCCUCCUCAAGCCUGACGAAACUUUUAUCGUUCCUGAUAAAUUUCUCGUGGUCUUGGACAUGGACGAAGGCACGUUAGCCUUCGUCGUAGACGGCCAGUACCUUGGAGUCGCGUUCAGAGGCCUUAAAGGCAGGAAGCUGCAUCCUAUCGUGUCCGCUGUAUGGGGGCACUGCGAGAUUACGAUGAAAUACAUCGGUGGUCUUGAUCCGGAACCUCUGCCACUCAUGGAUCUCUGUCGAAGAGUAAUACGCCAACGAAUCGGCAAGCACAGGCUGGAAGAGAAAAUUCAGGAGCUGAACCUGCCACAGGCGGUAAAGACUUAUCUUUUGUAUCGUGACAGGAGGUAACCACCGAGUGAUAUCUCUGAAAAAGCUACCACGAUUACGACUGUGAACACCACCGCGCUAUUAUAUCGAUGCCACCACGACGCACAGGGGAACGCCCGCUACCCCGUCACAUGCCACCGAGCACAACAGCCCAUAAGCCGCUUGCACGAUCUAUGGUGUUUGAAUCUGUGUCAGGAUAGAACGAGACGAGCACGAUCGUCGUCGUCAUCGUUGUCGUCUUCAUCUUCGUCGCCAUCGUUGUCGUUUUCAUCUUCGUCGUCAUCUCCGUCGGCGACGUCAUCAUCGUUGACUAGGUCUACCACUUCGCCGUUGCUGUUGUCAUCUUCGUUGUUAACUUGAUCGUUGUUAUCAUUUUUGGACACCACUGGACGAUUGUUACGCGUAGGAAACACAACCGUUACGCGGAAUACUCACACACUCGGAUCCGCGCGCGAGCCGUAUUGGGGACUAGCAAAUAUUAUUUAGGUGAUAUUGUUGUUUUGUGUUAUUUCGAUACGAUAAAAGUCGUGAUGAAGCCUUUAUUAAUUGUUAUAUUAACCAGCGGACGAUGCGGUACCUCUAUAUUUUUUUCUUUUUUUUUUUUGGUAGCUUUCGCGCAUCUCGCUCGGCGUUGCUAUUGUUUCUUUUUUUCUUUUUUCUUUAAGUUUUGUCGCAUUGUUAGAACGUUUGUGCUUGGAAGAUUAAGCAAGAGGGGAAGAGGAUAUGGAAACAGGAAGAAAUAAAACGACUGGAUCACGUACGAAUGAUCAUGUAUAAUGAGCAUGUAUAAAUGCGUACAAGUGGCACGGGUGAAAUGAAAAUUUUAAGAAAAUGAUCGCAAAUAUCUACAACGCUUCGCACAGUUGGCCAGUAAAAACGUUAGACUUAGUCGAGUCUGGAGGUUGAAUACGGGUGAUCUUUUGAUUAUUAGUCAACAACAAUGGGUAGCGGGCUCGUUCUAGUCCGCUCGCUGAGCUAACGGAUAACGAAAACGGGCACCACGUAGUCAAGAAUUCUGAAAGAAGAAAAGAAUCGACGAAACUGCGAGGGAAUGGACGAUCAAGAUACACACGAAGCAAGACACUUAAUAUUAAACGAACUACUAAGAAAACGAAAACAAAAUGUGUAUAGUGACAAGAAAGCCAAGCUGGCUGAACAGCCAUCUUCCGAUAGACUCAUUUUUCAAGUAUUUUUUAAGCAUGUUUAGAUAUAACGAAGUACAGUGGUGUGCGCGAAUCGUGGACGGACACGAACGAAAAAAGAGAACGACAAAAGAUGGUAUUCGUUGACUAACGCGUCUCCAAUUUUUUUUCCUUCUUUUUUAAUUAAUCGGUCGAGUCCUCGAAAUCCGCGUGCAUUGCGGCUAGAAACUAUUAUCGAAUGACGUUUAGUGAAAUAGAAGGAAGGCAGACAUUUGCGAAAUUUUCAUGUACCGCGAUAUGUGCAAAACUUCGAUUGCCCUCGCUAGAAGAAACGCCUCGAUCAGAUCGAACAAGGGAGUAAGCGAAAGAUGCAUGAAAACUGAAUUACCUCGGUCACGUUAAUUAAAGUAACAAAUAAAGACUAGACGUGUCCAGCUAAACGACAGGGCGUGCGACUGAAUACGGGCAUUGGCAGAAUAUAUUCCAAACAUGAAAAUAAAACUGUCGGGAAAAUAACCCACGACGUACAUAGUAUCGACUCAAAUCACAACGACGAAUUCCGAUGAUCACAAUGAUGGUGAUGAUGAUGGUAAUAAUGAUAAUGAUGAUGAUAAUGAUGAUGAUGAUGAUGAUGAUGAUGAUGAUGAUGAUAAAGAUGAUUAAUAAUGAUGAUAGUAAACGAUUAUAUCGGGCGUGUUGCUACCUAUACUAUUAGCAUGACAAAUUAUGACUGGUCCCUAGUAACUCUUUACUCUUACGUUUGUCGCUUAGGUUUAAUGAUAAUGCCGAUAACGGCGAUGUCGAUUUGUACAUAGGGUAUAAUUAUAGUAAUGAUAAUAAUAAUAAUAUGUAUCGGUACAACGAUAUGAAUGUAUAUGCGGGUGGUGAUUGUAUCCAAGACCAUACGUACGAUCCGAAUGCGAGAAAAGUAGAGUAAAAUUGAAUCGCGAGCAUGCGUUAACGCAAAGAUACAACAGAGAAAGAAAACAAAACAUUUUAGAUCCGUUUACGUUCAUCACCGUAGCUAUUCUUUCAUUUCACUCUCCCUCCCAGAAACGACCGGAUGUGUUUCUUGCUGAUACCACGCAUUGCUGUUCAUUCUCCUCGAUCGAGUUCCCGGGGACUCGCGUAUUCAGAACGCGUCUUCCAAAAUUGUCGUAACAUCGGGACGUUAUCGUUCCUUUUUAACGAUAUUUUCUUUAUUUUUAUACAUACAUACGUACAUACAUGAAUAUAUUGACGUAUGUAUAUAUAUAUAUACAUAUAUAAAAAUGAAACGUGCCAUAGUCACGCAUUUAACAAUGUGUUUGAUUUCACGAGUCGAAACGUACGAAGUUUUGAUAACGUUUUCAAAAACACGCGUAUACAGACACACGUUUUUGCAAUCGGCAGCCACGCACUACACGAUGAUUCUGCGACCCGCAAUACGCACACCCAAGUGCUGUCUAUUUAGCAAUGUUCAUUACGUUUUCCUCGAGAUUCUCCGGCCGAGCUAAGCGAUCCACUCGAUGUCGGGAGAGAAUAGAUUAAGAUUUGUGGUCAGUGGAUACAAAAAAAAAACGAUUAAUAAACUAAAAAUGGAGGAGAGAGAAAGAUGGAGAGAUACGCGAGAACGAACGAGCGUCGUGAGGACGAAGUUCUCAUCGUGUGUGGCGAGUGAAACGCGCGUCGACGCUCGUCGAGCGAUUCGAAAAUAGUUACAGGCGAUCGCAGAUGACCCCCGUGACAAUGUAUUUAUCGCGGUCACGCUAUCGUCGUGAACGAAUAAACAUUAUUUCGGAGUACCACUCGCGUUCGUAGGAAAAAUAGAAUGAAUGCUUUUCGAGCACGGCGCGAAUGUCGCGCGAUACGAAAUGCAAAGAAUCCACGAAUAGAAAUAUAAAUUGUGCAAGAUGAAACGAGACUUGUAGUGCCAGAAAGAUCACAGUUUUCGAGCAUGCGUAUCGAAAAUUCUCUAUCCAGAUUUUGUUAAACUUCGAUUAUGGAUGAAGCAAACUAUAUAGACGACUAUCGUUUGUUCGGUGGUCGAAAUGAGUCGCACGACGAUUAACAGUUUGUUUCUUUUUCAAACGUAUCGUUGCGUGUAAUUGUACAAUAUCGACACAGGAAAAUCUGGAUUUCUUUUAUUAUUUUCAAUAAGCACUCUUGGUCGCUGUUUUUGAUCAUGCAUGCGUGAAAAAUGUGGCCAGUCUUGCGUCACGGAGUCUGAUACAGAUUAUGAGAAUAAUAGACACCGUGUACACACACGCGUGUUUCGAAAGACGCAAAACACAAAUAAGAUUCACCCGCUCAAAGACGUUUUCAUUUCUUUUAGCAUUCUUCGCUGCAAUCGCCUCGCGUUGUAUCUUUAAUCUUCUCUACGGGGACUAUUUCACGAUAAUCGGAUCACCUAUAUUUUCUUUGUUCAUAGCUCGCGUGUCACGUUCCAAGUAUGAAAUAGAAAUAAAAGAGGUAAAUAAUGUUUAGAAUGUUGUACAUAUUAUUAAUUAAUGAUUAAUAUUAUUAUUAUUAUUAUUGUAUCGACUCAAUAGUUUAAUUGAUUGAUCGAUUGUAUCGUGUUGGUCGGCACAUUUGUGGAUUCAGUUUUUGUACGGUUGGAAAAUCUAUAAAAUAUGGAGUCCAAGACUUCCUGUUGCUUCGAAUCGCGUCGACGAUCGAACGUAAGAUCGAUCAAUUACACCGAAUAAAGCAAGUAAAAAAUAAAGAAACGUGUUUUUAUACCGCCGCGGACUCGCGUUGUGUCCUCGACUGUUUUAUCGUUUAUAAAUUUUGGAUUUAUUCGUUUUAAUUUUUAUUCUAUUUAUGUCACGAUGUGUUAUUUUAUUUUUAUUACUAUUUUUUUUCCUUCUUUUUUUUUUACUAGGACGAACGAGUUUCCGUUGAAAACUGCGAGAUUCUCCUAUUUUUUGUUUUAUAUCUGUUAACGUUUGAUCGAGGCCUUCGCCGUCGAAUUCGGUUUCUUUUAUUCGAAUAAUGUUUCCCGUUGGGUCUCCCAACAAAAAAUAAUAACAGAAGGAGGUUUAUUUACGUUUAAAACGAAAACUUUUUUUUAAUGUAUUGACAUCGAUCCCUCGAACGAAAGCAAAUUUUUAUUCGAUUGUUUUUAUAUAAUUUAAGUAAGCGGACACGCGAUGGAUCGAGAAGAUUUUCGACACGAAUGCCAAGCCGAUGAAUUCGAUCGAUCGAUCGAUCGUGGCAAAAUAAAUGCAAACGUUGGCUCGCGAUCACCUAAAGAAAAACGCGAAGACGUUCGAUUCGUUCGUAUCCGUCGCAAAGAACGUUUAGAAACGGAGAGACAUGGAGACGAGACGAGAAUUUCAAAACGUAGAUGUUUCGAAGUACUUUCCGUGAACUGCCUGCCGCCUGUUUGUGCAAACUACGUUGCCUCGACAAAUGCGUCUAAUUUAUUGACGAUACGAUAAUUAGCAGGUCUUUUAAGCUGCGUGCAUGCAAGUGAUAAAAGAAAGAAAGAUGUUUCAUGCAAUGUGUGUGCGUGUGUAUGCGUCCUUAAGAGAGAGUAAGUGUGAAAGAACCGAGCAAACAAAAGAUGAAUGCGAGAGGGAAAGACGGACGAACAAAAAAAAAAAAAAUGCGAGCGCAUCUGUCACCGGACAGUCCUCGACGGAAAUUCAUUCUUUUUCUUCGAGCGCGAGAAAUGAAUCGUUCUUUUCCCCAAAAUUUGAAUUUAGUGAAUUCUCUAGCGCGAUUUACGGGACGGAAAAGCACGAUUUAUUUGCGAAGAGAACAUAUGUAGUUUCCACUAUAAGAAACGCGAAGAGAAAGAUCGUUUAACGCUGAACUGGGCAAUGGUACCCUUACAACGCGUCGAAGUCACCCAAGCUAACCCAGAAUGAAUUAAUUCGCGAAGAUUGCGUGAAUUAUUCGCUGUAUAAUUUUCUUCUCUAAUCAAACACCGAAAUUGUAGAUUUUCUAUCGCAAAAAUAAACGAAGGUCAAAUGUCACCCCCUUAAUAAAUCACAGCUAAAGGACUGACGAAUAGUUCCAAUGGUAUCGGAUAUACAGUGUUAAACGUAGACACGAAUUUCCAAGAUCACGUCCGGUCCAGCUUGCAAGCGUGCCUCGCGAAACAUUCUUUUCCCUUGUGUUUCUUUUCCCUUAAGCCUGGACUAUUUCCAACGAGCGAUCUCACGUCUAUUUAAGCAUAAGUUUACCGAGUUUAGCGUGGUAUUGCUGUAUAGCGGCGAGUGAACGCGAAGAAUUUAUAAAUAUGUAAUGCCUUAAUGUUAUAUCGAUAAUAAUAUGGAUAGCGUUACUGUAUAAUUAGUUGUGACUGGAGGAGGUCGACGUGGGUCGAAACGAUGAAAACGAAGAGGAGAAAGGUAUUUCACGAUGGUGACGAAUAUAAACGAACGAAACCGACUGAAUAAAAGCUGAAAAAAAAAACCACAAAAUGAUACAAACGUAACAGACAAAGUAAACAAAAGGGAGUGCAGUACGCGCGGUCGUUUGUCUCCAUUCUGUUCGUGAUUUGAUAUUUUUUUAUAAUUCCGACGACGAGAAAGAACGAUUGGAGAAAAAGAGAGUGUAAAUGGAGCGUGUAUAGAGCGGACUGCUAUCUAAAAUAGUUCAGGCUAGAUGUCGAUGUUUGUAGCGGAUAAAGAACAAAAAAACAGCGUAUUGUAAUUAAAAUUAAAAGUCAUUAAUACUG